GUGUGGCUGACUGAGUGUGAGUGUGCGCGCGCGAGCGGCAGAGAAUCAGGAAGUCACAGCAGCGAAGCGCACACAGACAUGUUUGAUCGCCGUGACAUGACGCGCGCGAGGGAGGAAGCGGCAGCGGCGGCCGGGGCCGGGCCGCGGACUCUGGCGCCGGCCUAGGGCUCGGGCGGGGAAGACCCGCUCUGGGCUGCCGGCCGCGCUGCCACUGCAGGCUCGGCGAGCCCCGCGCCUCUUUUUGUUCCGUGUCCCCCAGUAUCACUGUACUGACUGGCAGAGUCAGGAGAAGUAGAUGUCCACGCCCACAGACCCUGGUGCGAUGCCCCACCCAGGGCCUUCGCCAGGGCCGGGACCCUCUCCUGGACCAAUUCUUGGGCCCAGUCCAGGACCUGGACCAUCCCCAGGUUCCGUCCACAGUAUGAUGGGGCCAAGUCCUGGGCCUCCAAGUGUCUCACACCCUAUGCCGUCGAUGGGGUCUGCUGACUUCCCGCAGGAAGGCAUGCAUCAAAUGCAUAAGCCCAUUGAUGGUAUGCACGACAAGGGGGUUGUGGAAGAUAUCCACUGUGGAUCCAUGAAGGGCACCACUAUGCGACCUCCUCACCCAGGAAUGGGCCCUCCCCAGAGUCCGAUGGACCAACACAGCCAAGGCUACAUGUCGCCGCACCCGUCUCCGCUGGGAGCCCCCGAGCACGUCUCCAGCCCUAUAUUGGGAAGUGGCCCAACCGCACCGCAGAUGCCACCAAGCCAGCCAGGGACCCUCAUCCCAGGCGACCCGCAGGCGAUGAGCCAGCCCAACAGGGGGCCCUCGCCUUUCAGUCCCGUCCAGCUGCAUCAGCUGCGAGCUCAGAUUUUAGCUUACAAAAUGCUGGCCCGGGGCCAGCCCCUCCCGGAAACGCUGCAGCUCGCGGUCCAGGGGAAAAGGACGUUGCCGGGCAUGCAGCAGCAGCAGGCGGCGCCUCAGCCGCAGCCGCCACCGCAGCCGCAGCCACCGCCGCCGCCGCAGCAGCAGGCCCUUGUCAACUACAGCAGGCCAUCUGGCCCGGGGCCGGAGCUGAGCGGCCCGAGCCCCCCACAGAAGCUGCCGGUGCCCGCGCCCAGCGGCCGGCCCUCGCCUGCGCCCCCUGCAGCAGCGCCGCCGCCCGCGGCCGCCGUGCCCGGGCCCUCGGUGCCACAGCCGACCCCGGGGCAGCCCUCGCCCAUCCUGCAGCUGCAGCAGAAGCAGAGCCGGAUCAGCCCCGUCCAGAAACCGCAGGGCCUGGACCCCGUGGAGAUUCUGCAGGAGCGGGAGUACAGACUUCAGGCUCGCAUAGCCCAUAGGAUACAGGAACUGGAAAAUCUCCCUGGCUCUUUGCCACCAGAUUUACGAACCAAAGCAACCGUGGAACUGAAAGCACUUCGGUUACUCAAUUUCCAGCGUCAGUUGAGACAGGAGGUAGUGGCCUGCAUGCGACGGGACACGACCCUGGAGACGGCCCUCAACUCCAAAGCAUACAAACGGAGCAAGCGCCAGACCCUGAGGGAAGCCCGCAUGACGGAGAAGCUGGAGAAGCAGCAGAAGAUCGAGCAGGAGAGGAAGCGUCGGCAGAAGCACCAGGAAUACCUGAACAGUAUUUUGCAGCAUGCAAAAGAUUUUAAGGAGUACCAUCGGUCUGUGGCUGGGAAGAUCCAGAAGCUUUCCAAAGCAGUGGCCACUUGGCACGCCAACACUGAAAGGGAGCAGAAGAAGGAGACCGAGCGGAUCGAAAAGGAGAGAAUGCGGAGGUUGAUGGCUGAAGAUGAAGAGGGCUAUAGAAAACUGAUCGAUCAAAAGAAAGAUAGGCGUUUAGCGUACCUUUUGCAGCAGACGGAUGAGUAUGUGGCCAACCUGACUAAUCUGGUUUGGGAGCACAAGCAAGCCCAGGCGGCCAAAGAGAAGAAGAAGAGGAGGAAGAAGAGGAAGAAGGCUGAAGAGAAUGCAGAGGGGGAGGAGUCUGCCCUGGGACCAGAUGGAGAGCCCAUAGAUGAGAGCAGCCAGAUGAGUGACCUCCCUGUCAAAGUGACUCACACAGAAACCGGCAAGGUCCUGUUUGGCCCAGAAGCACCCAAAGCAAGUCAGCUGGAUGCCUGGUUGGAAAUGAAUCCUGGUUACGAAGUUGCCCCUAGAUCGGACAGCGAAGAGAGCGAUUCUGAUUAUGAGGAGGAGGAUGAAGAGGAAGAGUCCAGUAGGCAGGAAACUGAAGAGAAAAUACUUCUGGAUCCAAACAGCGAAGAGGUUUCCGAGAAGGACGCUAAGCAGAUCAUCGAGACAGCUAAGCAAGACGUGGACGAUGAGUACAGCAUGCAGUACAGUGCCAGGGGUUCCCAGUCCUACUACACGGUGGCCCACGCCAUCUCGGAGAGGGUGGAGAAGCAGUCGGCCCUCCUCAUCAAUGGGACCCUGAAGCAUUAUCAGCUCCAGGGCCUGGAAUGGAUGGUUUCUCUGUAUAAUAACAAUUUGAACGGAAUCUUAGCUGAUGAAAUGGGGCUGGGAAAGACCAUACAGACCAUUGCACUCAUCACUUAUCUGAUGGAGCACAAAAGACUCAAUGGCCCCUAUCUCAUCAUUGUUCCCCUUUCGACUCUAUCUAACUGGACAUAUGAAUUUGACAAAUGGGCUCCUUCCGUGGUGAAAAUUUCUUACAAGGGCACCCCUGCCAUGCGUCGCUCCCUCGUCCCCCAGUUACGGAGUGGCAAAUUCAAUGUCCUCCUGACUACUUAUGAGUACAUUAUAAAAGACAAGCACAUUCUUGCAAAGAUUCGGUGGAAAUACAUGAUAGUGGACGAAGGCCACCGAAUGAAGAAUCACCACUGCAAGCUGACUCAGGUUCUGAACACUCACUACGUGGCCCCCAGAAGGAUCCUCUUGACCGGGACCCCCCUGCAGAAUAAGCUCCCGGAGCUCUGGGCCCUCCUCAACUUCCUCCUUCCCACGAUUUUUAAGAGCUGCAGCACAUUUGAGCAGUGGUUUAAUGCUCCAUUUGCCAUGACUGGAGAAAGGGUGGACUUAAAUGAAGAAGAAACUAUAUUGAUCAUCAGGCGUCUGCAUAAGGUGUUGAGACCAUUUUUACUGAGGAGACUGAAGAAAGAAGUUGAAUCCCAGCUUCCAGAAAAAGUUGAAUAUGUGAUCAAGUGUGACAUGUCAGCUCUGCAGAAGAUUCUGUAUCGCCAUAUGCAAGCCAAAGGGAUCCUCCUCACAGACGGUUCGGAGAAAGAUAAGAAGGGGAAAGGAGGCGCUAAGACACUUAUGAACACUAUCAUGCAGUUGAGAAAAAUCUGCAAUCACCCAUAUAUGUUUCAGCACAUUGAGGAAUCCUUUGCUGAACACCUGGGCUAUUCAAAUGGGGUCAUCAAUGGGGCUGAGCUGUAUCGGGCCUCAGGAAAGUUUGAGCUACUUGAUCGUAUUCUGCCAAAAUUGAGAGCGACUAAUCACCGCGUGCUGCUUUUCUGCCAGAUGACGUCUCUCAUGACCAUCAUGGAGGAUUACUUUGCUUUUCGGAACUUCCUUUACCUGCGCCUUGACGGCACCACCAAGUCUGAAGAUCGUGCUGCUUUGCUGAAGAAAUUCAAUGAACCUGGGUCCCAGUAUUUCAUUUUCUUGCUGAGCACGAGAGCUGGAGGCCUGGGCUUAAAUCUCCAGGCAGCUGAUACCGUGGUCAUCUUUGACAGCGACUGGAAUCCUCAUCAGGACCUGCAGGCACAAGACCGCGCUCACCGCAUCGGCCAGCAGAACGAGGUCCGCGUGCUGAGACUCUGCACCGUGAACAGUGUGGAGGAAAAGAUCCUCGCAGCUGCCAAGUACAAGCUGAACGUGGAUCAGAAAGUGAUCCAGGCAGGCAUGUUUGAUCAGAAGUCUUCAAGCCACGAGCGGAGGGCAUUCCUGCAAGCCAUACUGGAGCACGAAGAGGAAAAUGAGGAAGAAGAUGAAGUACCCGACGAUGAGACUCUGAACCAAAUGAUCGCUCGACGAGAGGAGGAAUUUGAUCUUUUUAUGCGCAUGGACAUGGACCGGCGGAGGGAGGAUGCCCGGAACCCAAAACGCAAGCCCCGCCUGAUGGAGGAAGAUGAGCUGCCCUCCUGGAUUAUUAAAGAUGACGCCGAGGUGGAACGGCUGACGUGUGAAGAAGAGGAGGAGAAGAUCUUCGGGAGGGGGUCUCGCCAGCGCCGGGACGUGGACUACAGCGACGCCCUCACAGAGAAGCAGUGGCUGAGGGCCAUUGAAGACGGCAAUUUGGAAGAAAUGGAAGAGGAAGUACGGCUUAAGAAGCGAAAAAGACGAAGAAAUGUGGAUAAAGAUCCUGCAAAAGAAGAUAUGGAAAAGGCCAAGAAGAGGAGAGGUCGCCCUCCGGCUGAGAAACUGUCACCAAAUCCCCCUAAACUGACAAAGCAGAUGAACGCUAUCAUCGAUACUGUGAUAAACUACAAAGACAGUUCAGGGCGACAGCUCAGUGAAGUCUUCAUUCAGUUACCUUCAAGAAAAGAAUUACCAGAAUACUAUGAAUUAAUUAGGAAACCGGUGGAUUUCAAAAAAAUAAAGGAAAGAAUCCGUAAUCAUAAGUACCGAAGCCUGGGUGACCUGGAGAAAGACGUCAUGCUGCUCUGUCACAAUGCUCAGACGUUCAACUUGGAGGGAUCCCAGAUCUACGAAGACUCCAUCGUCUUACAGUCGGUGUUCAAGAGUGCUCGGCAGAAAAUUGCCAAAGAAGAAGAGAGUGAGGACGAGAGCAACGAAGAGGAGGACGAGGAAGAGGAAGACGAGUCAGAGUCAGAGGCAAAAUCUGUUAAGGUGAAAAUCAAGCUCAAUAAAAAAGAUGACAAAGGCCGGGACAAAGGAAAAGGCAAGAAAAGGCCAAAUCGAGGAAAAGCCAAACCUGUGGUGAGCGAUUUUGACAGCGAUGAAGAGCCGGAUGGAAAUGAACAGUCAGAAGCUAGUGGGACUGAUGAUGAGUGAUCAGUAUGGACAUUUUUUUCUUGGUAGAACUGAACUCCUUCUCCCCUCUCUCGUCUCCACUCAGUGAGUUCAUUUGUCAUAUGGGCACUGGGUUGUUUCUAUAUCAUUAUCAUCUAUAAGCUAGCUUUAGGAUAGUGCCAGACAAACAUAUGAUAUCAUGGUGUAAAGAAACACACACUCAUACACAAAUCUUUGUAACAUAUUGUGACCAAAUGGGCCUCAAAGAUUAAAACAAACAAAAAAGCUUUUGAUGGAAAAUAUGUGGGUGGAUAGUAUAUUUCUAUGGGUGGGUCUUGGUAACGGUUUGAUUGUGCCUGGUUUUAUCACCUGUUCAGAUGAGAAGAUUUUUGUCUUUUUGUAGCACUGAUAACCAGGAGAAGCCAUUAAAAGCCACUGGUUAUUUUAUUUUUCAUCAGGCAAUUUUCAAGGUUUUUAUUUGUUCGGUAUUGUUUUUUUUUUUUUACACUGUGGUACAUAUAAGCAACUUUAAUAGGCGAUAAAUGUACAGUAGUUAGACUUCACCUACAUAGACAUUUUUCCAUUUUAUGCUCUAUGAUCUGAAAAAAACGCUUUUUGAAUUGUAUAAGAUUUAUGUCUACUGUAAACAUUGCUUAAUUUUUUGCUCUUGAUUUAAAAGAAAAGUUUUGUUGAAAUCGCUAUUGAAUAUUGCAAUCUAUAUAGUGUAAUGGAUGGCUUCCUUUGUCAACCUGAUCUCCUGUGUUACCCAUGUGUAUUGUCUCCUCCCUCAAGUGUACUUAAUCUUUGCUUUCUUUGCACAAUGUCUUUGGUUGCAAGUCAUAAGCCUGAGGCAAAUAAAAUUCCAGUAAUUUCCAAGAA